AUUUCCUCUCCGCCUCCCACACACCAAACCCUAACAAACCCAAAAAUGCCUCCGAAGUUGGACCCAACCGCGAUCGUGGACGUCUACGUCCGCGUAACCGGAGGCGAAGUCGGAGCCGCGAGCUCCCUCGCCCCCAAGAUCGGUCCCCUCGGUCUCGCCCCCAAGAAAAUCGGAGAAGACAUCGCAAAAGAAACCGCCAAAGAGUGGAAAGGCCUCCGCGUAACCGUCAAGCUCACGGUCCAGAACCGUCAGGCGAAAGUCACGGUGGUCCCCUCUGCAGCUGCCCUCGUGAUAAAGGCCUUGAAGGAGCCGGAGAGGGAUAGGAAGAAGGUGAAGAACAUUAAGCACAACGGGAACAUAUCGUUCGAUGACGUGGUGGAGAUCGCGAGGAUCAUGAGGCCGAGGUCGAUCGCGAAGGAGUUGAGUGGGACCGUUAGGGAGAUUUUGGGGACGUGUGUGUCUGUUGGGUGUACUGUUGAUGGGAAGGAUCCUAAGGAUCUUCAGGGGGAGAUUCAGGAGGGUGAGAUUGAGAUUCCUGAGAACUAAGAGGGAAGAUAUUGUCUUUAUCGUUAGAUGUUGUCUUGUUUUUAUUACAAUGACUCAAGUUUUGGAUUAUUAUUCAACGUUGAAAGGGUUUAUUAUUUUGCGAUUUAAAGGUUAGUUUUUUUUUUUUUUGGUGUACUUAAAUGCUUUAUUUGUUUGAUUUUAAACUGUUUAGGUUGUGAUUGUUAUCUUGAUAAUGGUAGAAAGAUGGAAACUUUACGCUG